AUGUCUUCGCAGCAGAACAAGAGCGUGGCCAGCUCGCGCUUUGAGCUGCUGCCUGCCCUCAACCUGAAUUUUGGCAGCAUCACCGACGGCACCGAUAUUCCUCCACCGCCGGAGUCUCCGAUCGAGCCGACGAUUACGCCAGCGAGAACGCCCAAAACCAGUGAUGGCAAUAUCAGCGGCAAACAAGCGAUUCCAGCGACAGUAGCGGCCCAAGAGAAAGCUGACACGACGAUUCCCGAAGACGCGCCACCGAGUCCUGCCAUCUCGGGUCAACAGGGAAGCGCAUUUCAAGAUAACAACGGGCGCAAUAUUGUCAAUGUGUAUCGCCCACAAAGCCAGAGCGGCUCCAGCGUCGCAGACUCGGAGAAGAAGCGAGCGAGCGGCUGGUUCAAGCGUCUAAGAACGGGAGAGAACCAGUCGAGGAGGCGCUCGAGUCUUUUAAGCCUCGAGCAGCAGCCGCAUCUAUCGACAAAUACGAUCACACCGAAGCCGCCCUCUGAUAAUAAACCGCCGCCCAAGAUUCCCAAGCUAGUGCACCUCGAGAGUGAUAACGGCGAUUUUGGAUCAAACUUAUUCGAUGACAUCAAAUAA